GCCCAAUGGACGAUCACCUCAGCAUCUUCGACCUAAAACUUCACGACGAUUUCAGAAAGCACCACCACACUGUCAACGAUCCCCUUACGAUUGAAUUUCAACCAUUCUUGGAAGCUCAUAUAGUCAGGCAAUCGUCAGGAAAUCAUGGCAACCUAUCAAUCCCGGCCCAACUUAGUACCCUCAGCACCUUCUCACGUCGCGAGUCCAUCUCCAGGUCCUUCCGGAAGUCUUCAGCCUGGUACAAAGGUUCAAGUUGGAAAGUAUGUAGUCAAAGUGGACAAGUUUCUCAGUGAAGGGGGUUUCGCCCAUGUGUACGUUGCUAGUUUGGUUUCACCUUCCAGUGUUGAAGGCUUUGCGCCCACUCAAAACACAUUUGUCUUGAAGCGGAUGGCUGUACCCGAUAAAGCCGGCCUUGUGGAGGUGAGGAAGGAGGUGGAUGUAAUGAAGCAACUGAGGCCUCACAAGCAUGUUGUAUAUUUCAUCGAAGCCUCUGCAUCCUCUAUUGUGGGUGGGUCUGGGUAUGAAAUAUUCAUCUUGAUGGAGCUUUGUCCAGGCGGUGGCAUAAUUGACUUAUUGAAUUCACGUCUACAAAACCGCCUGACUGAGUCUGAGAUUCUGAAGAUAUUCAGCGAUACAGUCGAAGCGGUAGCUCAUAUGCACAGUCAGACCCCUAUCUUGAUGCACCGUGACUUGAAAGUCGAGAACAUCCUGGUGGCCGCUCCUAAUCUCUACAAAUUGUGCGAUUUUGGCUCUACUACCACUCCGCCAACAACCCCACCCCAAAGCACCGCUGAGAUCCAGGCAUUAGAGGCGGAUCUGAACAAGCAUACAACUCUUCAAUAUCGAGCUCCUGAGAUGGUGGAUGUGUGGAGCCGUAAAGGUGUCACCGAGAAAGCAGAUAUUUGGGCUUUAGGCGUCUUUCUCUACAAACUUUGUUAUUACACAACACCCUUCGAGGAGCAUGGCCCGAUGGCAAUCCUCAAUGUUCAAUACACCAUUCCUUCUUACCCUGCUUACAGCAACUCUAUCAAGUAUUUGAUCGGUACCAUGCUUCAGAAGUCCGCACUCAGUAGGCCGGACAUCUGGCAGGUACAUGAACAUACGUGCAAACUGCGAGGUAUCCAGCCCCAUUUGAAACGGGUAAGUCCAAUGAUGGCUUCGCUGUAUGAUCACUGUGAUGAUGUGACGUUUGUUCCGAAUUUUAGCGUGCGAGCAGAGCCGCAACAUCCUUGGGAUCAGGACCCACACAGCGAUCAGGGCAAGCUUCAUCUAUCGCGAAUGUAG